AUGCUACAGGCUCGCCAGCUAGGCAAAGAGCUCUAUGUUGGUGUCCAUUCCGAUGAGGAAAUCCUAGAAAAUAAAGGCCCUGUCGUGAUGAAGCUAGAUGAGCGCAUGACUGCGGUCAAUGCUUGUAAAUGGUCGACAGAAGCAAUAGCACGUGCACCGUACGUCACCGAUCCCAAAUUCAUGGAGGAACACGGUUGCAAAUAUGUUGUCCAUGGAGAUGAUAUCACCACUGAUGCCAAUGGUGAAGAUUGCUAUAAAACAGUCAAGGAUAUGGGCCUCUUUGUGGUGGUGAAAAGAACUCCAAACAUCUCUACGACGGACUUGGUAGGACGUAUGCUCUUGAUGAGUAAGACCCAUCACUUCCGUCCGAUUGUAGAUGCUGCGUUGGUCUUGGACCAUGCCCUUUUUGCAGAAGAUGCACUCACACGUUUUGGCAACUAUGCCCUGGACGAGACCGGCAGAGCAAGCCAUUCUGCGGUGUAUGUAAAUGUCGACGCUGCACCUGCGCUCACGUGUGUAAUUGAGGGCAGCGAGAAAGUAAAGACGAUGUUGCAGCGCUCUAUUGUGUAUGUGGAUGGAGGUUUUGAUCUCUUCAACCCGGGUCAGAUUGAAGCUUUGAGACUUGUUAGAGAGGAGGCCAAUCGCACCGGGUCUGCUGUUGUUGUUGGUCUUCACGAUGACAAGACGGUCAACCAGUACAAAGGAUUAAACUAUCCGAUUAUGAAUCUUUUCGAGAGAUCGCUCUGUGUGUUGCAAUGCAAGUAUGUGGACUCUGUAGUAAUUGGCGCUCCAUACGAGCCUUCGAAGCAAUUUUUAAACAAGCUUCCCGGACCGGUGGUGACUAUAUUCCAUGGGCCAACGCCUGUGGAUGAGGGGGUUUACGAUGAAGUGCUGGAUCUCUUGAAGCAGUUGCCGGCGCACAAGUUUGACGACAUGAACACCGAGUUCAUUGUCAAUCGUGUGCUCGAGAACAAAGCAGCUUAUGAGGAGAGACAGAGAAAGAAGGGCUGGAAGGGAGAGAUUGAGAAAAAGAUUCGGGAUGAGGAGCUUCUUCGUGCUGCCAAACUCAAGAAACAGUGA